GUGGUUUGAGUGGUUUCUCUCCCCCUUCGGGCUCAAACUUCACAUCUCAUGACUCUAAUGUGCUUCUACUUCUUUCUCUGCAUUCAAAAACAUAACUGUGCAUGUAUUUUGUAGGGCUGGAGCUGCAACCUAAAGCAGAGGGGAGUAGAUUCGGCCUCCAGGAGACAGAGGGCCAGUCAGAGAGAGUCCAGCGCAGGGGCCGCCGAGGGGAGUCCAGGGGGCUCUGGGAGCUUCAGGACCGGGAUGAACCGGAGGACCAGGGUGGAGGGAAUAUGGCUCGGGGAUAACUUCACCCAGAAGGGCAGCUUCAUCAACAAGCCGUCUCAAGGGUGGUUGCACCCAGACAAAAAGAUCAGCAGCACAGGGGCUUCCUACAUCGUCAGGUACAUGGGCUGCAUUGAGGUCCUCAAAUCCAUGAGAUCGUUGGACUUCAGCACCAGGACGCAAGUCACAAGGGAAGCCAUCAACAGGUUGUGUGAAUCUGUACCUGGAGGAAAAACUGCCUGGAAGAAGAAAACAACAAACAAAACCCUUCAGUCCAUCAUGGGCAAAAGUAACCUGCGCUUUGCUGGAAUGAGCAUCGGCGUCAACAUCUCCAUUGAUGGCUUGAGUCUCCUCGUCCCUACAACACGGCAGGUUAUUGCCCAUCAUCCCAUGCAGUCCAUAUCUUUCGCCUCAGGUGGAGAUUCGGAUACACCUGAUUACGUCGCCUAUGUAGCCAAAGACCCCGUCAACCAAAGAGCUUGUCACAUUUUGGAGUGCUGCGACGGUCUUGCCCAGAAUGUGAUCAGCACCAUUGGCCAGGCCUUCGAACUGCAGUUCAAACAGUACCUACACAGUCCACCCAAAGCCAUUCCUGCCAUGGAUAGUCAUGCUGAAUAUCCUAAUAUAUUGUCUAGAAAUAUAAGAACAGAAGAGUCAGCAUGGGGUGAAGACGAGGAGUCAUCCGAGCACGAUUACUACAACAGCAUCCCUGGAAAGGAGCCUCCUGUUGGGGGAGUGGUAGACUCGAGGCUCAGGCCUCCUGCGGGCCUACUGGGCCACGUUCACACACACCCACAGAGCAAAACAUCACAGAUGGGGUCACCGGCUAAAAGAGACGCAAACAGCCUUCCUGCCACCCACUUGUGUUAUGAAGUGCACUGGGACACAGAGAAUAACAGAAGCUCAAGUUUGACUUCUGAUGGUUACUUGCGAGCAGAUGGUCAUCCUCCAGGCAGUCGUGAUUACGAGGAGCAUCUGUACGUAAACACUCAAAAUCUGGACAACCUGGAGGCCUCAGUGGUUGGGCGCAGACCUGAGAGCCCCAAGAAGGACAUUUUUGACAUGAGGCCAUUUGAAGAUGCCCUGCGCCUCCAUGAAGCUAGUGGGGUUUGUGUGCUGGAGGACAAAUGGCCGAGUCCCCCACGUCGCAGAGCCCCUGUGGCCCCUACAGAAGACCAGCUAAGACGAGAGAUGUGGUACCACGGCCGAAUGAGCCGCAGGGAUGCUGAGAAUCUGCUGGGCCGCGAUGGGGAUUUCCUGGUACGGGACAGCGCUACUAACCCAGGCCAGUACGUGCUGACGGGGAUGCAGUGCGGCCUUCCUAAACAUCUGCUGCUGGUGGAUCCUGAAGGAGUGGUCCGAACUAAAGACAUGCUUUUCGAGAGCAUCAGUCACCUGAUCAACUACCAUCUGACAAACAAGCUGCCGAUUGUAGCGGCGGAGAGCGAACUACACCUCCAGCAGGUCGUCUGCCGAAAAAUCUGA